ACCACAAGGGUGAGGUCGUAAGCGAAAAGCAAAACAAAUACAAACAUCGCUUCCCGUCUUCCUCUCUAUAUCUUCUCCCUCACAUCUCCUCAAUUUUUCUGUGCAAUUUCUCUCUGCAUCCACCUCCAUCUAUUUCAUCUUCUCUCUCAGGACCCGCUGAUAUCGAUUCCAUGGCGACCAUCGGCCACAACAAUCUCAAUGCAAAAUUGGUUCUUCUUGGUGACAUGGGAGCCGGAAAGUCCAGUCUCGUCUUGCGCUUUGUCAAGGGCCAGUUUCUUGAAUUCCAGGAAUCUACAAUUGGAGCGGCGUUCUUUUCACAGACACUAGCGGUAAAUGAUGCCACAGUGAAGUUUGAGAUAUGGGACACAGCUGGGCAGGAGAGGUACCACAGCUUAGCUCCGAUGUACUAUAGAGGUGCUGCUGCGGCCAUAAUUGUCUAUGACAUUACUAGCACAGAGUCAUUUUCACGGGCAAAGAAGUGGGUGCAAGAACUUCAGAAACAAGGUAACCCUAACAUGGUUAUGGCGCUUGCUGGGAACAAAGCUGAUUUAGAAGAUAAGAGGAAAGUGACUGCUGAAGAGGCACGUGUCUAUGCUGAGGAAAAUGGCCUUUUCUUCACGGAGACCUCUGCCAAAACAGCCGUAAAUGUCAAUGAUACAUUUUAUGAAAUAGCUAAGAGAUUGCCCAGAGCUCAGCCUGCUCAGAAUCCAGCUGGGAUGGUUCUGGUGGACAGACCAGCAGAAAGUUCCCAAGCUGCAUCAUGCUGUUCCUAAUGGUGUUGCCUCUCGGAAUUGAAACAAGCAUUUGUAACUAAUGAUGCAUAUAAGGAAACAAUCAUUCACUGUGGAAUAGAUGCUGUGAAAUAUUUAGAAUACCAUGUACAUGGGCACUUCUAAACGAGUGAAGAACCUGUGCCAGAUGCAUAUUCUACUUGUGUAAUAAGUACUUUAUUCUUAUUCUUGAGUUCUCCCUCCUUAUUUGGUUGUUGGCUAUCAUGAUCUGCUAGCUGAAUGAACUUUGUAUCGGAUCACCAAAGCGUUUUAUGAAAAUGUAUUUGAAAA